CGUCCUGUUGCUGUGGAGACCAGAACCAGCUUUUCUUUUUUGGUCUCUGCACAACUAGCAGCAGUUUGAGCCUGUCCUGUUUGAUUACCUACAACACAGCUGCUCAUGACAUGCCUUUAGUUAAAGCUCCAAAGAAGUUAGAGCCUAUGUGGAAGGAAUGGGAUGCCAAAGCACAGAAGGCAGGUCUGAGACACUCCGUUUACAGUGUAAAUGGAGAUGAGUACACAGGAGAGUGGCUGAAUAACCUCAGACAUGGCAAAGGCACAUACAUGUGUAAAAUAAGGAAAUCUAUUUAUGAAGGUGAUUGGAAAUGUGGGAAAAGAAGUGGAUUUGGAACAUACAGCGUGCUAGAUACUAAUACUGAAGAAUACAUUAAGGUUUAUUCAGGCCACUGGGAUAAUGACAAAAAACAUGGAUAUGGGACUCAUUUCUACUCAGCCAAGGAGUAUUAUGAAGGGGAGUGGAAGUGUGGAAAGAGAUGUGGCUGGGGCAGAAUGUACUUUGGAAAUGGAGAUAUUUAUGAAGGGGAAUGGCUGGAAGACAAACAAAGUGGUCAGGGAAUGCUAUGCCUAGCUAACGAGAAUCGAUACGAGGGUUCCUGGAAGGAUGGGAAGAAGCAUGGACUGGGGAAAUUUUACUACCUUGAUAAGGGUCAGCUAUAUGAAGGAGCAUGGAUAGAAGAUAUCCCAAAAUGCGGAACUAUGGUUGACUUUGGACGAACAGAAGCACCAUAUCCAACAAAGUAUCCUUUACCUGAGGUAAAAGUCGCAGAUCCUGGAGGCGUUUUGAAAGAGGAACAGGAAUACUUGCUUGGAGAACAAGAAUGAAUCAUCAUUGCCGGGAGUCUGCAAGAUAUUCAUUCAGAACAAGAGGGUACAAUGCACUGUGGGAAUGUCAUUUUUUCAUAUUAAUGUUGCGGUAACUGGGAAUCUUCAAUUGGUUUAAUUGCUAUAAACAAGUGUGUUCUUGAGCCCUGUGUUGAGUAACAAAAAACAGCUAGGUUCUAAUGCCUUCAUUACGCAAGGCCAACAUUCACAGUGGCUUCCUGUUCACACUUUUAAUUCAACUCCAGAAUUCACACACCACUCCAAAAUCCAUUAGGGUACUGGCACAUGGAGAUUGUCCCUCCAUAUUUAGAUCUUUGCUACAGCCAGGGCCGGAUUUGUGGAAAGGCCACCAAGGCCCGGGCCUAGUGUGGCAGGAUUUUAGGGGGCGGCCCUGAUCGGAUCUAAACAUGGGUGACAAAUCUCCGUGUGCCAGUACCUUUAGGGAGGGUUUGGACCCUUAUGAUAUAUUUAAUGGCUUAUGGCCAUCAAUCUUGGUUUUCUGUUCCAACAGCCUCAGUGAGAACCCUAGUCUUUAAUAGUGAACAUCAUUGACUGUGGGGGGUUCAGAAAUUGGUGUAAGUGUUUGUUAAAAUUAUUAAAUGACUAAAAAAAAUUUUUUCCCCCCAAAACGUUGUUUUAAAGAAAUUUUACCAGUUCAAUACCAGCUUUCUGAAUUAACUCCAGCAAAAUGUAUUUAAUAACACACAAAAAAAAAAUUAAAGAAAUGUACACUUAACUUGUAUUUGUCCAGUGGUGUCCUGAAAUGACAGUUUAACUCCAAAGUGUACAAAACUUCCCUAUUUACAAAAUGAAUUAAGGCCUUUGUGAAUUGGACACUUAAUUUCAAUAAUAUUUCUUACCCCAG